CUCAAUCCCUUGACCUACCCUCUCUGCCGUCCCCAUUCUCCACUGCCCAUCAUCUUCCAAAACCUACCCAGACUCCCCAAUCCCACCACCUACUCAGACUCUUCUUCUCUCUUUCAAAUCCCUUCACCUACCCUCUCCGCAAGACCCUUCUUCUCACCCCACUGAGCAUGGCGCCACCUCUAAAUAAAUCCCCACCGAAAACUCUCCACCUCGCAAUUGCUCUCUAUGUCGACGAGGCUCGAAGACCCAUCAGAGGAUUCCCCGCGCCGUGCGUCUCCCCUGCCAUGAAGGGAUUGAAGAAGACGCAAGAGGUGGAGAGGUUGAAGAAUCCAUGGAGGCACCGGAAAAGUGCAUUUAACUUUGGGCGCCGAACGAGUAGACACAACUUCACCGCCGCAGAUUGCUUCAUGGCCAGCAAACGCAGAUCUUGACUGUCUGCUCUCCAACUUCUCCUCUGUUGCCUUCCGGGUUGUUCAUCGUCGAAUCUCGUCAAUUUGGGUCAAAUCUCAAACCCAGAAGGAAGGAUUUGGCCAUAAUAAGAAUUCGCCUCAUCUCGAAUUGGAGCAAGCGCAUCACCCGGGAAGAGGAAUGAUGGUUGGUUGCUGAGAAACUCAUUUCGGGAGCAGAUCUAAAAUGGUGGAUGUGAGCAGAUCGGUGAGAUAGAGAGAGCAAUGUUUAUGUAUAUUUUAUCCUUUUUUUUCAAUUAGUGGGAAAUAAACGGUUGGAGAAAUAUGUGGGUGUGGAAAAUAAAUUAAUUUUUUUAUUAAUUGAUGAUGUGCAUAUAUUAAAUAAUUUUAAUAUAUGGCGUGUCAUUUUUGGCUUAUUUGGCGCUGACAUGUCCGUUGAGUUGGUGCCUAGUCAGCAAACUGUCAAAGAAGUUGACGGUGUUAUUAACACCGUUAAAUUAUCUAACGGAAAUGACUAUAUUUGUCCUACAAGAAGUUUAAAAGCUGGCUAUAAAUGAUAUUUCUCCAAAUUUGACUAUUAUUGGCACAAGCGCGAUAGUUUUGACUAUAUAAGUGUAUUUUGCCUUCAUUUUAUGUAUGUUUCCUAGAAACAAUGAGGCAAAGACAAACUAAUGGCUUGUCGAUUUGAGUGAUUACUCCAAAAAUCAUUAUUAAUUAAGAAGAUUUGAUUUCAUGUUUAUGGGUAGCCAGCCGACGUUCUAGACGAUCCAAACGAAACGAAACUCAUCAACUUCCACUUUGACUUGUGGGUUUUUCUCCAUCAAUCUUCAAUAUUUGAAAGGAGUCGGUCAGACUAUGUAUAUUUUAAUGAUCAUUUUGCGAUCUUCUCAGGUCAUCUGAAACCUUAUAAUGAAGCUCUGCUCAAAUUUCCAAUAUUUCACCAUUAAACAAAGUUGUAACUAUAUUCCACUUUAUCAGCCAUAACAAUGGGAAAUCACUUUGAUGCACCCAUAUAUAGAAGCACGAAAAUUACUUUUCACAACUUGACCAGAAGAAAAUGGAGCAGUUUCUUGAAGAGAAAGAGAAAAGAGAUCGAAGAUGGAAAGUUUGGUGGCCAUACGUAAUAUUUUAAGCUUUAACAAUUCCAGCAAUAACGUCAAGAUCGAGUUACAUGAUGGAAAAUUAGGAAGAAAUUAAGGUAACAUGAUAAUUAGUCUCCCACCAAAGCUUAUUCUAAUAAGCUAAGCUAUAGUUGGUAAUUAAUCUACCAUUAAUGGUAGAAUUAGGUGAACUCGGACGCGUACGACCUAGCUAAGAUCAAGAAAUUUAUCAUCCCCAUGAUUCCAAUUCUUUCUAGCUUGUCAAUUAAUCCUCGAGCACUUUAGAAUUCGAUCGUUCUUGUAUUCGGGGUUGUCUAAAUGACGUUUUUGCCUUAUUUAUUAAGUAUUUGUCCGAUUUUUGUAUAAGUGUACUCAGGGGCGGACCCAGGGGGUUUUAGGGGUGUCCCCGGACACCCCUAAAUAUCGGGAAAAUGAUUAUCCAACCCCCGGUGGUAAUUUACGUAUAGACAAAAAAAUAUAAUUGAUAGUGAGGGACACCCCUGAAAUUUCAAAAAUGAUUAUCCUACUGUCAUUUGUGUAUAAAAAUAUAAAUGGUAGGUUGGGUAAUUUAAAUCUAGAACACUAUUAUUAUUAUUAAUAAACUUAAUUUCCGUUGAGCUACAACUCAUUUGGUGUUCGAUUUUGAACAAUGUGUAAUAGUAAAAAGUCAUUCCCUAUCUCUAAUUAUUUCAAUCUAAACUAAUUUCAAUCUGCCCUUAAUUUGUAUUGAUUUUAUGAUUGUACGGCAAGUGUUGAAAUGUCUUUCAGCUUUGGGUUACAUCAAGAACAAGUUUACAAAUUGAAUAUGCGAUAAGUUCCCGAAUGAUUGUCUAGUAGGGUGUAUAGAGAUUUUUUUUAACACUAUAAACACCAAGUGUAUUCUACAAUUAUUUUUGAAUAUGAAAACACACCAUGGACUUUUUUAACAUGUACGAGUAAGCUAUUUUCAUAUUUACGAUUUUAUAUUUAUUAAUUAUAAUUAUUUAUUUUUAAUUUAUUUUUUAAAAGAGGACACCCCUAUGGAAAAUUUCUGGGUCCGCCACUGAGUGUACUACAACACGUGGUCAGCGUGCCAUGAAUCAGCAAUUCGCCUCGGUAACUCUAGUGUUUGAUCGGAAGAGAUCCUGGUAUGGAUCUCAUAUCAUAUUGCUUUACAUGCUCCUUCCGAAUGAAAGCCGGCCAACCCAUAAAUUUCGAAGUUUGUAAAGACACAUCGUAGGUGUGAGAAUUCAUACAUGACAACUCUCAACUAAAGUCUUUGAGUACAUGUCAUUAACAAAUCAACUCGAUACGAUUACACCUAGCGUAAUACGAUUCAAGAUUGUAGAUGGAUUUAUGUGUACAAACGGCCAAGUCCAAGUUAAGGGGUUAGUUUGGGUUUGGUAGAAGAAAUAGAUGGAUGAAUGAAUGAAGGAAAGAAAAGGAAGGAAUACCAACUUGUUAAAAAAGAAACAGAAAACCGCAUUUGUGUAAUGAAAAGGAUGGAUGAUACGUCAACCGGCGUACCAUUAAUUCAAAAAGUUGAUCACCACCGAACACACACACACAAUUAGUCCUAAUUAAUUAUGGUAUGAGCG